AUGGCAUGGCUCUUUGCCAUUUCCCUGUUUGCUAUACUUGCCUAUGUCACGUGGAAUUGGGAGAUGCUCGCCAAAUUUGUGUGGUCGGCUGUGACUGGAGCGCAUAAGGUGAAAGUCCUAGUGGUGGUUCGCCCGGGACAACCUUGGCUGGAGCUGACUGCCAUCGGCCCGAUCUUAGCGGGGGAGCUCGUAUGCAAAGCGCAGCUUCUUGCUGGUGCCUCCGGUGUACUGUACAAUCUAGACGAUCCCCUACUGCCGUACUACGGGCUAUUGUCUGUGACCACACUGGAGGGUGGAACUUUCGUUUUUGUGCGUCAUGUGACGCCCCGCACCCCGCCACCCGCACCCUGGAUCCCGCACAUUGGACCCCGCACAGCAAAGCCGACCCCCAAGCGGAACGAUGACCUCAUACCCAGCAAGACCUGGCAGAUGCGCGAGCCCUGA